AGGGACAGACAAAUACUGGUUUCAGUUGCAGUUUUAAGUAUACUUUGUAAACUACUCAAGAUGUGUCAUUAACAUAUAUUCGAUAUGUUGUUUAGAACUGUAUGUUCUUUAUUUGUUUAAUUCCCCUACUUUUUGGCCAUCCCUGUACUGUUUGGGGGAGAUGUGUAUGAUCUGCGAUGGGGGUCCAGUAUGCAGUAAUAACUGUGUUUAAUAGCAGUGGAGGGCCACUGUAAUUUCCCUUUGCAUAUUAAAAUGAAAGUAUUAAUUUGCCAGGGAUAGUGACUGCCUUGUUAGCCAGUACACAGAAGUGCCAAAGCAGGAGGCAGGGGGAAUGAAAGCAAGCAUUAUCUCUUGUAAGAAACUCAGAACGUGGUUUUCUAUAUUUCUGCGGUUUAUUAGAGUGGGCCAAUAUACACUAACAUUUACUGGGAUGUUUAGAGAACUGUUACUGUUGAUAUUUAGAUGAAAAGGGUAUGAUGCAGGGGGCAUGAAAGCAGGCCGGCUACCUCCUCUCAUUUAUCAUGGAAGCACAGGCAGGUCUAAGCUCAGGAAUAGUCAUUUGUGGCUUUACAGUAGCCGCUGAACUGCACACGCCGCCACCCACGGACAAUAGGAGCAGACAGUUGUAGUUUGACAGAAGCUGACAGUUGCACACGAGCUGGAGAGCCACAGGCAGUUUUUCUACUUCUCUGGUUAAUGUCGUUUGCCAGUGCAUUCAUUUGUGUGCAUAACCGAGAUUUGAAUAUUAUUGCAUAGCAAUAUAACAAGGAGUAAGAGGAGGAAUAGUGCCAUGACUUGUUCGUGCUGCUCCAGCUAGUGGACCAAGUUAUUCUAUGAUAAGUGGCGGCUGUGCGAAUAGGAGUUAUCACUAGUGGGUGCUGCAAGUAAACACAAACACUUGCAGCAGGGGACACAACAGUUACCCAUCAUCCCUGUGUCAGUCUGAAGCUCUGGCUCACUCUGUGUUCAAGUUGGAGCCUCCUCUGGCAAAUGGAUUUAUUUGCUGGCGACAAGUCGCGUGUUUGCCACAUGCACUGCGCCCAGUCACUUUAAUGAUGUAUCGACCAGGCAAAGCAGUGUGACAGGCGUCUGAUUCCCAUUCACAAGUCUGCAGGGCACAGCAGGACCGUUUGGCACCCUGAUGAUAACCUCAUUAUAAGCGCUGUGACAAUCCCGCGGAGACAGGGCAGUCUGGAGAGAGGAGAGAUUAGGCCCCGGGGGUUGGGAGAGGGAAUUAGCCUGAUCCUCCAGCAGAGCCGGCAGUGUACUGUGUAUAUGUAUACAUUACAGACCCGGAAACAAGCGCGCACACAGGAAUGGGGGCUGUUAUCCCUCCGCCAAAACCUGGAGUAUCAGCCACAAGCAACGGGCUCAGGAUGUGCCCAAGCCAUGCCAGCCUGUCACCCCACAGAAAGCACAGGGGACACCUAAUGCAUCAUCACCGAUGAAGCCAUGAUUGUUGCCUUUAGACAUGAGGGGCAGCGCGAUGAUGCCAGAGAGAUGCCCAUAGGCAGCAGAGCCAACAUUCUAUAGUACUAUAGAGCCGGCUGCUGCUGAAGUCCUGGGCCAGAGACUGCCAGGCAAGUGACCGUUAGAGGCAGGGGAGGAUUAAGAGAGUGGCAGCAGGCAGACACCCGAUAGGUGAGGAGAAGGGGGAGGGAGGAGCGGCUGCUGGCACUGCCAGUCACAAGAGCGGAGACACAACGAGACCUCCAGUGGAGCAGCUUUGAAGUUGACUUUAUUUAAACAGAGGAGGAAGCCUCGGUAGUGACAGAGCAGGGGGAGGGGCUGGAGCUUGAGCUUCAGCGGCAGCAGCAGCAACAGGUCUCUGAGAUGAGGCGGAGCUGCGGGACACGCUCCCUGGCCUGACUGUCAGUCUGACACACUCACACACAGCGGCACGGGGGGGACAAGCGAGUCUCAGGCAUGAGCGCCCCAAGAGAAGAGCCCGAGCUGGACUUCGACUAUCUGUUCGAGUACGAGUACAACAAGGGCGAGCACCUGGGCGGGGACAGAGAGCACUUUAACUAUGCAUCUUCCAAUUUAAGUGCCAGUCUGUCACUGGGUGUGAUGAAUUCUUCAUUAUCAAACCCAUGCCAUGGCCUUCAGUCAUCAAACCCAGUCAUUUCCAUUAUUCCAUCUUCAAGUCAUCUGCCUGGAUAUGGAGGGAACCUAGACAGUGAGGCUACUGGAUAUUAUCUAUCUCCUAGCAUAAGACCCAUUGGACCCCCAGCAUUAGAAAGUCCCAGAAUUGAGAUCACAUCAUGCUUAGCAAUGCAUCCUAACCAUAACCAGUUUUUUAAUGAACCAGAUGUUGAGGAAGCCAUGCCACAAGCAAAGAGAACACAUUCUACAGCAACUCUGAACUUGCCAAAUGUUGACACUUACCGAGAUCCAUCUUGUUUAAGUCCUGCAAGCAGUUUGUCUUCCAGAAGCUGUAAUUCUGAGGCUUCUUCUUUUGAAUCAAAUUACUCUUAUCCAUUUACUUCCCCGCAGACCUCUCCGUGGCAGUCACCUUGUGUUUCUCCCAAAACCACUGAUCCUGAAGAAGGAUACCAGAGGAGUAUGGUAACCUGCACUUUGCUUAGUUCACCUAGGCAUUCUCCAUCUACAUCACCCAGGACAAGCAUUUCAGAGGAAAACUGGUUAAAUGCCCCAAAUUCACGCCCCUCUUCUCCAUGCAUCAAAAGAAAAUACAGCCUAAAUGGUCGUCAGACAUCAUACUCACCACACCACUCACCAACUCCAUCUCCUCAUAAUUCCCCACGUGUUAGUGUAACCGAUGAAACUUGGUUGGGAAACACUCAUCAGUAUACCAGUUCUGCUAUAGUUGCAGCAAUCAAUGCUCUUACAACUGACCCAACAGACAUGAAUGAUGGCAUUCCAAUAAAAUCUAGAAAAACAGCAGCAGAUCAUACACCCAACAUGUCUCUUAAGACAGAGCCUAUUUGUGAUGACCAUAGCACAAUGUCAUCAAUUAAUGACUUAUCACCAGAUGACUAUUCUGGAUUUCAUCACAUAAGGAAAGGAAAUUUCUGUGAUCAAUAUUUAUCUGUUCCACAGCAAUCCUAUCAGUGGGCCAAACCAAAGAAUAUAUCUCCAACAUCCUAUUUGAGCCCCUCUCUGCCUGCCCUUGACUGGCAUUUGCCAUCCCAGUCAGGGCCAUAUGAACUUCGGAUUGACAUGCAGCCCAAAUCCCACCACAGAGCUCAUUAUGAGACAGAAGGAAGUCGAGGGGCUGUGAAGGCAUCUACAGGAGGACAUCCCAUUGUUCAGCUACACGGUUACUUAGAAAACGAGCCGCUCACUAUCCAGCUGUUCAUUGGUACUGCAGACGAUCGCCUGCUGCGACCCCAUGCUUUCUACCAGGUCCAUCGCAUCACCGGCAAGACCGUUUCUACCACAAGCCAUGAAACAAUCAUCUCCAACACCAAGGUCUUGGAAAUCCCACUCCUGCCUGAGAACAAUAUGAGAGCCAUUAUCGAUUGUGCUGGUAUUCUGAAGCUUCGUAAUUCAGACAUCGAACUAAGAAAAGGUGAAACAGAUAUUGGACGGAAGAAUACAAGAGUCCGCUUAGUGUUCCGUGUUCACAUUCCACAAGCCAAUGGGAGAACUCUUACUCUGCAAGCAGCAUCAAACCCUAUAGAGUGUUCUCAGCGAUCUGCUCAGGAAUUGCCAUUGGUGGAGAAACAGAGCAUUGACAGCUUUCCAGUGAUUGGUGGGAAAAAAAUGAUAUUGAAUGGACACAAUUUCCAUCCAGACUCCAAAGUAAUUUUUGUAGAAAAAGCACCAGAUGGCCAUCAUGUAUGGGAAAUGGAGGCAAAAACUGACAAAGAAAUGUUUAAGACGAGUACUCUAGUUGUAGAAAUUCCGCCUUUUCGCAACCAGAGAAUAUCCAGCCCAGUUCAAGUGAAUUUUUAUGUCUGCAAUGGGAAGAGGAAAAGAAGCCAGUACCAGAUUUUCACCUAUCUGCCAGCCAAUGUUCCAAUUAUAAAAACAGAGCCCUCUGAUGAUUAUGAGUCAGCUCAAAGCUGUGUCCCAAUGAGCCAAGGAUUAACCCAACUCUCAAAGCCAUACUACAGCCAACAGAUCAUGAUGCCCCCUGAUCCUGGUUCGUGCCUUGUGUCUGGCUUCACUUCCUGUCAGCAAAGAAACACUGUGAUGUCAUCUUCUCCAAACUCAAGCCCCAAGCUUCAUGACCUGUCUGCUUCUGCAUACAACAAAUGUAUCUCGAAUCCAGGUCAUACUCAGCUAGGACUACAGCAGACCACUGGCGGUGUCCCCACAAUACAGGAAGUACCACGAUCUAUAGUUGUGCACCCAAGUUCACCUGACCAGUCGUCCCCCAUCAUGCUGCAUCCGCAGGUGAGUCUCCAUCAGAGCAGUAGCUGUCCCCUUGGUUUUCAACAAACAGUAUAUCCCAACAGUCCCUCUUCACCAGUUCCGUCCAUUACCCAAGAGCCAUCAUAUUUGCAGUCCUGCAGUCCAACUCACUCAGCAGUAAUCGGUGAGCCGCGGCACCAACAUCAGAAGGUUCAGAGAAAUGAAUCUCCAAACAGUCAACUACUGUCACUGCCAGAGUUGCAUGAGGACAGUAAUCAUAAUUUGGCCCCUAUUCCUGUAACGAUCAAGCGUGAACCUGAGGAAUUGGAUCAGUUGUACUUGGACGAUGUAAAUGAAAUAAUACGAAACGACCUCUCCAGCAACAACAACAAUGUGCAUUCAUAGCUUUGACAAUCAUGGACUUCAAUAAGCGAAACUGAACAUUACCGAUUGCAGUGAAUUAAAAAUGUUUAUUGGACCCGCAGUAUCACAUGGUACACUCUCCUGCCUUAGAUAACUGAAGUCCAACUGGCUGACACAGCUCAUUUGUUGGGCUGUCAAGUGAUUCUCUUUUAGAAGAAUUCUCAUCUCAAGCUAAGCAAGAAGGAACGAACUGAUUGAUAAUGUAUUUUAUGGAAAAAUAUAACUGAAAUACUUGACAAAAGCAGAUGGCCUGGAAGCACGACUGAUCUUUUUGGCACCACUGGAUGCCAGAAGUGCCUUAAAUGUUCAUAUUUGUGGCAUUAGGAUGUUUCAAAUGCUUUCUGUUUGCUACCAAAUAAAGUAUUGUAGGUGCAAAAACAUUAGAGAAGAAAACCACCAAGCAACUCCAUCCACUGCUUGCUGCACCAGUGGAAGCGACACGGCUGUGGGAAGAGAGGGGCAGACAUUAGUACAUGUAAAGGAAUGACCGAGCUCUGUGGAUGCUGCAAGUAAUAUUGUAUUGCCUUAAUCUCUGCACCUCAGACAAGGGGGGGGAAGGGGGGUAAACCCAUUUAUCUCUCUUUAUUCUGUACCUUGUAAUAUAAAAUUCCUGACACACAGCAGGUUAGAGUAUUAGAAUGGAACUAAGUAACAAAGGAGAAAAAAGCACAAUAAUCCUUGGAUAUUUUAGGUGAAUUUUUAGAUGCAGUAUCUAGUAUUUAAAUCAAAGGCAAGGGCCUAUAGCAAUACUUAAUCUCAUAUAGAUCCUAAAAUAUAGAUUUAUUUUAGAAUGUCAGCUGUUUGUAGACAUGCAGCUUUAUUUAUUGAGUUAAUGCACAGAGGAAAAACAGUGCAUGCAGCCCAUCAUUUCAGUAGGAUCUACGGACUGGGACUGUCUGCUCUUUAUGUAAAGGUGAAAAAAAAAAUAAUGAAAGCAGAAUGAUUUGCUAGCAUUAAGGACAAGGCAACCAUCUGUGGGGAUGGCUCCCGCCAUUUUGGGGGCCCCAAAAAUCUCUAUUUUUUUGGGUUAGUAUAUCAGAGGAGGCCCCAAAGUCAAAAGUUAGAUUUUAAUUGGUGAUUAUAGAUGUCAUACCCAGAGCACCGUUUAGAAGUACAGAUCCCAGAAUCAUAAACUAGACGCACUCCAAUGCUGGGGGUUAUGGUUUCACAGGUUUCACAUUCCAGUAUAUAGAUUUAUGAAUGGAAUAUGUUCUGAGUAUUUAAAGCAACACUCCUAUUUUCCCAAAGGCAUCGACCUCCUAGCAUGAUCAUUCAUUCUCAUUGCCAUCCGUGUGUACUCAAUGACCAGGCUCCACUCACCUACAUGGCAUGAUUCUAUUUGAAAGUGACACCCAUUUAAUCCUGAAUCAGUGAUACCAUACCUGUCUAUUAGGACUGUGUAACUAUGGAACACAUGGAACUGUUCUAUUCUCCUGUCCAGCUUAAACUAUAGUGUUAAAAAGCCAUGGGUCUGUCUGAUACAAAGGAAUUUCGUAUAGGAACGCAAGCACUUUAGACUAGGAAAGUUGCGUAAAAAGCACCAAAUGAGUAAAUAAAACUGUACAUAGACGAAUAGAUUGUAAAUAUUUCUUUGUUUCCAGGAUUGCUAUUCCACAAAGGCCUUAUUCUGACUCUGUGCUUCUCGUAGGGAAGUCUUACCAAAAACAAUGGCUGAAAAUGCAGUUGAUAUCUGUCCAUAUUAGUUCAUCCAGUUUGGAGUAAAUUGCAGGUAUUUAGUAUGACUCUGCUUGUUGCCUAUUGUACAAAUUGCUUAGUAUAUCACUAGUGAAGAAUCUUUACUUUAUAUAAACGGGGGGCGUCCAACCUUGUGUCCUUCCUGGUAUUGUUCAAAUAAAACUCCCAGAAUCCUUGUCGAGGGAGACUGCGAGGGUUACUUCUACAACAGCUGGAACGCCGAGGGCUGCUCGUCCCUGAUGUAACCAAACUAGCAUGGUCUAAAUAACAAUAAAAUGUACUUGUUGUGCCUUAGUAAUUAAUGCCCUCUUCUGGAAAAAUGCCUGAAUUGCAAACUGAUAGUGAGGUAACUGGCUCAAAUAUGUGUAUAAUGUCUUACGUUGUGAAAAACACAAGCCAUAUUUCAGAUUUGCACACAACUGUGAUAAUAUAUAAGCAACGAUAUGGCUUCAUGUACAAACUAGGCUUAGUUAUUGGAAUAACUUUUUAUUUCUCACGUGUAAUCAAGGAUGUUUACCCAUUACAUAGUACUAUAGAAUGUGCAUGAUAUAUGUAUAAUAGUUUACCAAGUAGAUAAUUCAGUGGUCAAAGACAAAGCUUACUGGCUAUCCCUGAACAAUAUCCAAUAAAGCAAUAUUUUGGAGCCA